AGGUAACUACUAGCUAGUAACUACGGAGUAGGUUUUCUGAUGACUUAGUCUGGUAAUGUAUUUACUCUAAGGAUGUAUCCACUCCGUGCCCGUGAAUUAAUUCCGCACUCGAGCACUGGCAGACUAGUUGGCUUUUUUACCACAUCGAGCAUAGAUCAUAACCACGCGUCAGUCUACGCGAUUCUUGACGCGUUGCGUCCAGAUUGUUGGUUAAACCACCCGUAGUCCAGCAUACUUCAGCUCUGUAUCCUGCGCGCAUGCAACGGUGUCUCAUAUAUUAUGUGAGUCUCAUAUCCGAUUGCAUCGCGCUCUCCGAAUCUUAUCGUACGACUCGGUUUUUCUACGUCCCAAGGACGAGUUGAUUCCCUUCCCGACCCAAACAAAACAACAUGUCCAGUCCAGCAGGCCAGAAGCGCAGUGCUAGUCAUUUAACGACCUCACCCGUCGAUGCGAAGAAGCCCAAGAAUGGUAGUAUCACGGCCUUCUUCGGUCCUCCCAAGGCUAGGGCUGUUGGACCUAAGUCAACGUCAUCUUGCUCAUCCAGCUUCAACAAGCAAGGGUGGGUAGCGUCGUUGACCCCGGAACAGAGGCAGCUCCUGCAGCUUGAGAUCGACACGUUAGAUGAAAGUUGGCUAGCUCAGCUAAAAGAGGAAUUAGUGACACCCGAGUUUCUAGCAUUGAAACGUUUCCUCCAAAAGGAAAAGCAAUCGGGAGUCAAAAUAUUUCCCCCGGAGAACGAAAUAUAUUCUUGGUCUCGACAUACGCCCCUUCACAAGGUGAAGGUAGUGAUUGUCGGACAAGAUCCCUAUCACAAUCAUAACCAGGCUCAUGGCUUAGCAUUCUCAGUCCGACCUCCGACUCCAGCCCCUCCAUCCCUAGUCAAUAUCUACACAGGUAUCAAAAAUGACUACCCGUCCUUUCAACGACCACCUAACAAAGGAGGGCUUCUGACACCAUGGGCUGAGCGUGGAGUAUUGCUUCUUAACACCUGUCUAACAGUCCGUGCACACCAAGCUGCUAGUCACUCAAACAAAGGAUGGGAACGUUUUACACAGAAAGCAAUUGACAUUGUAGCUAGAGUGCGAUCUCACGGAGUUGUCUUUCUUGCAUGGGGUACACCGGCUGGGAAGCGUGUGGCAGGUAUUAACCGACAGAAGCAUUCCGUACUUCAAUCAGUUCAUCCUAGCCCACUCAGUGCGUCCAGGGGCUUUUUCACCAAUGGACAUUUUAAAAAAUGCAACGAGUGGCUGGCUGAACGUUACGGUCCAGACGAAGUAAUUGACUGGAGCCUGACCUCGAGAACAAAGACUACCGCCCCCCUCGCCACUAUUCAGAGUCCAUCCGCCUCCGUUGACAAACUAGCAGACUCUGUUGCAAAGCAAUCUGAAUCUCAAGCCCUAGAGUCGGCUGAGAUGGUCACGCAGCCCUUAGAACUCCAAAAUACAGAUGAGUUUGAUGAUGAUGCCGAUGCCCUCGAAGCUCUAGCAGCUGCAGAGACAGCGAGCUAAAUGUGUCAUACUAGUUUUGGUCUUUUUGUUCUACCUAUUGAGAGCAAAUACAAAUUAAGUGAGGUCAUAAUCAACGCCCUUCGGCGUCGCUUGGAGCUCUUGUGAAUGUAUGUUGGGUUUCUACAUAUACUAGAACUGCAAUCUACACCUUCAGAGCUCUUAACAUCCCCCCUCCCUUUUGGCAUACUAUAUAGCUCCCGUAGGUCUUGCAUUUUACUCUUCAAUCGUGAGGCAAUCCUACCACCCCACCCAAAUAUUUCUGACUGUCGUACUCUGAGGUAAUAUCCCGGAUCUGAAGAGAUUACACAGGAAUUUCUUGACGCUAGUAACUAAUAUGCGUAGAAGCUAGGGACAGUAGAACACAACUCAGCGGCGCCAGAAUAUUAGUGGACGGUGAUUUACAGUCUCUUAAAGGUAACUUUAAGGUUAUGCGCUAGCGAUACAAAACUGAUGAAAUGGUUCCCCAGCUUUGCUAAAGUGUAGAUAGAGGGGUCUAAAAAUCUACCCCAAUAUUGUGAAGACGAAGAAUCUUUAGCACGGCUGAGCUGCGAGCCCGCAAGAAGCUUGCGCGUAGGAUAACGUAACCGGUAAGCGAGCGGCCAUUGUAAGCCAGCUACGUAGCUCUGUUUUCCAUACAAAUCAACACAUUUUUUUACUUGAAUACCUCAACAAUAAGACACUGUAGUAAUAUA